CCCAUGUCGUCGGUGCUAAAUUCGCUUGCUCACUCUAUUUCAACCAUACCUCUUCGUCUUGGACAUUCAACCCCCAACGAUCACCCCUUCACCGGCGUCACUUAGCACCCGGAAUCAAUGUCCAUACUACAUGCGUCUCAUACAGCCUCAAUUUUCCCCCGCAAUUGACCCAAAUUUCGGUACUGUACAUUCAUUUCGUUGACGUGGCUUCCACUACCGGCCGCGUCAUGGCACCGCACAAGUCCACGAGACGCUGUAACCCUAGCACUCAGCAACCAUCGCGAUCGAUCUCGAAUUCUAGGUGUCUUUUGAGCCAUGCCGACUUGGCGUGUCAAAGGCGUGCCGCAAUUCUUUGACUGCUCGCCGCGAUCGCUCACUCCGAAUCAUGACUGAAGUAUACUUCUAUUCUUCUUACAGCAGAGUCCCCGUACUUGGUGUUCUCCCUUGCCUAACACCAAGAACGAUGUUAGAAUAUCAUAGUUCAGUCUCGCCGCCACAUUUGUAUGCACUCUUUUGCCGGCAUAGCAAUGCCAUCAACAUUAGAAGUAGUGAGGGUCAUCCAAUAUUUCUCGGUCCAAGAGAAGUUUUCGAGGGCUCGAACGUCUCACACCAGCAACGAGUAUAGUAGGAAGCAGUCGAAUGGUCGGGUCGUACUCUCCCAUCAACCCGCCAGAUUGUUAUAUUGGCCAUCGUGUUCUGAAAUCUCGAACCACCUUGCACUUGCGGUUCUCCUCUAAGUGACUGCGGCGAGAGAAUUUUUUUCGCACUGCCGCUUCUUGCAUCC